AUGAGCGCAAUCGCAUCCAACGAGGCCCCCAUCAUUGCCCAGGCUCAGGUAGAUGGGGCUGCCCUGGCCGGCACCGCGACGGAGAAGCGCCUGGGUCAUGGUUCCAUUGAUGUGACCUCUUUUCAGGACACUAACUCUUCAGAUGACGACGAGGUGACAGAGGCCGACCUUCACACUCUUCGUCGAGUCUCAGGGAAGAUCCCUUGGCCUGCGUUCACCGUUGCCUUUGUCGAGUUGUGCGAGCGAUUCUCCUACUAUGGCACGACUGUCGUCUUUGUCAAUUUUAUUCAGCAACCUCUCCCUGAAGGGUCAACGACCGGUGCCGGUCAUUCUGGCCAGUCUGGUGCGCUGGGAAUGGGCCAGCGAGCCUCGACGGGCCUCGUGACCUUUAACCAAUUUUGGGCAUAUGUGAUGCCAUUGCUGGGCGCAUACAUCGCCGAUGCUCACUGGGGUCGCUACAAAACCAUCCAUGGCGCCAUUGUCUGUGCAAUUAUAGGCCAUGUCAUCCUGACAGCCUCGGCAGCUCCCAGCGUCAUUUCCCACGGCAGCUCUGCGCUCGCCGCUUUCACCAUUGGUCUCAUCAUUCUGGGUGUUGGGACUGGUGGCUUCAAGUCCAACAUCGCUCCACUGUUGGCCGAACAACAAACCGAGACCAAGAAGAGGAUCAAAGUGCUCGCUUCGGGAGAACGUGUCAUUGUCGAUCCAACCGUGACGACGUCUCGAAUCUUCCUAUACUUCUAUCUCUGCAUCAACAUUGGUUCACUGGUCGGACAAAUCGGCAUGGUUUACUGCGAGAAAUAUGUCGGUUUCUGGCUCGCCUACAUGCUCCCCACAUGUUUGUUCUUAUUUGCUCCCGUCGUGCUCAUGGUCUGCCGCAAGCGAUACGUCUUGACUCCUCCCACCGGCUCGGUGGUGGCCAAGUUCUGGCACCUGUGGAUCUAUGCAUCCAAGGGUCGAUGGAGCAUCAACCCCGUCACCGCGUACAAGAACCUGUCGGCUCCGGAUUUCUGGGAGCGCGUAAAGCCUUCCAACAUCCCCGCCGCUGAACGACCCGCAUGGAUGACGUUCGACGACGCCUGGGUUGAAGAAAUCCGCCGUGGACUCAAGGCGUGCGCCGUCUUUUUAUACCUGCCUCUUUACUGGCUUGCGUAUGGCCAGAUGACAGGCAACCUUACCUCUCAAGCUGCUGUCAUGGAACUAAAUGGCGUCCCCAACGACAUCAUCCAAAACCUCAACCCCAUCUCCAUCAUCAUCUUCAUCCCCUUGAUGGAUUUCAUCGUCUACCCGGCCCUCCGCAAAGCACGCAUCAACUUCACCCCGAUCAAGCGUAUCGCGUUCGGCUUCGCGCUCGCCAGUCUUGCCAUGGUUUCGGCCUGCGUCAUUCAAGUGUACAUCUACCGCAAGUCGCCGUGUGGCCACCACGCCUCCGACCCAGACUGCUCCGGCCCGGCGCCCAUCAACGUGUGGGUGCAGACGGUGCCGUACGUGCUGAUCGGCUUCUCCGAGAUCAUGGCCAGCAUUACAUCGCUCGAGUACGCCUUCACCAAGGCGCCGUACAACAUGCGCAGCUUCGUCAUGGCCAUCAACCUCCUGAUGAACGCCUUCUCCAGUGCCAUCGCCCAGGGCCUCGUCGCCUUGUCUGCCGACCCGCUCCUCGUGUGGAACUACGGCGUCGUCGCCGUCCUGGCCGGCAUCGGCGGCAUCCUGUUCUGGCUCAACUUCAAGAAACUCGACAGCGAAGAAGACAAGCUCAACAUGUUGCAGGCCAGCUCGUACGUCGGCAAGAGGAAGAGCAUCGCCAGCGUGAGUGGGCCGUCCACGCAGGAGACGUUGGAAGAGAAGGACCACGCUUGA